AUGACGAUAUUGAGAUUAGCAUUUCUCAGCAUCCUGUCAAGCUUAUUGCUAAUAUUGGGUGGCCCUGUUGCAGGGAAACCCAAUGGCUUGACCAUCAAGCUCAUCCAUAGAGACUCACCAGCAUCACCUCUUUACCCUGGCAAAAUCACUUUCAUAGAAAGAAUUCAAAGACUCGUCAACCAAUCUAAAGCCCGUGCCAGUUACCUGUCUAGCAUGAUAUCAGCAAAUACAGAUCAAACCAAUGGUUCCCAGUCCAUACAUCCUAAUGAGGCUUUUCGUGCGCCCAUUGCUAUUCAAGCAAUGUCUACAUACAUGGUGAGACUUGGCAUCGGCACCUUCAAUGCAACUUUCCCUGCUCGACCAUUCAAGACAUACCACUUGCACAUGGAUACCGGAAGCGCCCUCACAUGGAUACAGUGUCAGGACUGUGAGCUCCCUGGCAAUCAUUGCUUCCCUUGUAGGGAACCCCCUUUCCCUAAGACGAUUUCCAGAAGUUAUAGAGCUCUCCCUUGUAACUUGCACCCACUUUGUGCACCCCAUCAAUGUAUUGGGGACUCAUGCUCCUACCAAGAGAAAUACAUGGAUGGCGCAGCCACAACUGGCAUUCUUUCACAAGAAGCUUUCACUUUCGUUUCCAGUAGUGGUAGGCCUCAAACUAUUCUAAACAUAGUUUUUGGUUGCUCAAUUGACAGUACUGAUAUGAGAUAUGGUGAUGAUGACAAUCAAGUAAGCGGAGUAUUUGGCUUGGGAUGGGGUAUCCGUUCCUUUGUGAAACAAAUAAGCUAUCAGUCUCUAUAUGAUGGAACAUUCUCAUACUGCCUCAAGUUCAACGAUGGUCAUGCCUUGGACACAUAUCUAAGGUUCGGCCCAGGUAUAUCUCAACCAACGACAGGUUUGCAGACGACAAAACUAGACCAAUUUAAAAGCUCCGCACCUUACUACAUUGAUUUGAUAGGCAUCAGCAUUAAUGGGACAAGACUUAGCAUCAAUCCAGCACUAUUUCUUUUACAAUUUGAUGGUUCUGGAGGUUGUAUUAUUGACUCUGGAACUACUUUUACUAGUAUCAUUAGGCCCGCUUUUGAUGUAGUAAUUAGAACAUUUCUGCUUUAUUUCUCGAGUUUACCAAACAUGACUAGGAGUAGACUUUUUGAAGGAUUUUUUGAUCUUUGCUACGAGCGCAGUGUACCGGAAGGGUUUAGAGACCUCCCUGGUAUGACCUUUCAUUUAAGCAAUGCAGACCUUGAAGUUAGACCUGAAGGGGCAUUUUUUGUGAAGCCGCUCAACUCUGGGAAAGAAGUCUUUUGUUUGGCGAUAGUUGCGGAUGAUCAUUAUUCUUCACUGGGAGCAUACCAGCAAACAAACCAAAAGUUCAUAUAUGAUAUUCCAAGGAAACAAUUGCAAUUUGCACCAGCUGAUUGUGCUCAAGACGCUUAG